CUAGAAUUGUCUAGGCAUCGCUAUCGUAUUGAGAUGAUCUCCUGUAAUUGAACUUUGGGUUUUCCAUUUUCUUCCGGAAGAAGAAGAGGAAGUUAUAUACCUACUGCUAACAGUCCACAAGAGCCUGAAAUGCCACUAUGGAUCGUACAGACGCAGAGAUGAUGGAUUCCGAGACUGUGGCGGCGCCGCCGCAGCCGAACCGAGACGACAUCGGAAGAGAGCUGCUAACGUUGGCUCGCCAACUCAUCGAUCAAGGGAAGCCCUCCCAGGCUCUCCAAGCGGUGGUGAUGGCAAUGAGAACCAAGGGUGGUGAUGAGGCUGUCUUCCAAUCCCUGCACCGUGCUCGGGAGCUGUAUAGAAUCAGACUGCAGGGAAAUACUGCUGUCGAUCAGCUAGCUACUUUGUUUGCCGAGUGUGCAAUUGCUGAAGCUCAACCUUCCAGUGCUGAAGCUCAGCCUUCCAGAGCUGAAGCAUCAACAUGUAACAUGGUGGUUCCGUCAGUUGUACCUGAUGCUCAUGGGGCUUCUAUACUUGCAGAAACUGGAAGGACGCAAAUUGUGUUGGAUGCGUUCUCUGAUGGUAGCAGCUUCAUCUGUUUACAGUGUGGCGGUCUUGUUAGUAACCAACGCAAAGAUGAGCACUAUGCAUACUGGUGUGGUAGUAUUUGAUUCAGUUGUUCUCAAAUGCACCCCCAAUUAAUUUUGUUAACAUACAUACUGUUGUCUCGUUUUACUCCGUCUUAGCAUUUGAUUCCAGCAUGUUCCAUCUAUAGGAUGCUGGGAGGAGUGACCUUGAUGACGAUGCUUGAUUUAAGAUCCAAACACUUACGUUUGAAAGUGGGGUGAUGAGAUAAACUCAUAAACCUGAGAUCUUGUAAGGUUAAUAGUGUUUAGAUUGUUAUACUUCUGUAGCAAUUAAAUGCCAUUAGAACUUCUCUUGAGUUGAUCAAACAGUGAGUUGUAUUGGGUAUCAUUUGGUGUAUGCUUCUGCUAUCGAUUUUGUCA